ACCUUCGUUGGGGGCGGCACAAGGGUCCUUGAAAAGCCAGAGGGAGCCAGCCCAGCAGCGGCCACUCAGGCUAGAAGCCCCGAGCAGAAGCGCCCCAUCUAAGGGAGAUACAAGCUGUCAGCGCGUGAGGAGUGGAAGGGCUAAUCUCCCUGGUGACCGCCCAGCAGCCAGCUGGCCGGGUCUGGAUCGGAGCCCAGGAACGCCGAGCACGGCUGGGGACUGAGUUCAGCGACGCGAGGCAGGGGUUAGGAUGGCAUGCGGGAGUCUCCUGUAGCGGUCACUGGGGCGCGAAGACUGUUGUGUGGACGCUGCCUGACAAUGCUGUCCCGGGUGGUACUUUCUGCCGCCACCGCAGCAGCUCCCUCUCUGAAGAACGCAGCCCUCCUCGGUCCAGGGGUAUUGCAGGCUACAAGGAUCUUUCACAAAGGGCAGCCAAGUCUUGCCCCUGUACCACCUCUUCCUGAAUAUGGAGGAAAAGUUCGUUUUGGGCUGAUCCCUGAGGAAUUUUUCCAGUUCCUUUAUCCUAAAACUGGUGUAACAGGACCCUACGUGCUCGGAACUGGGCUUAUCUUAUAUUUACUCUCCAAAGAAAUAUAUGUGAUAACUGCAGAGACCUUCUCUGCCAUUUCAACAAUAGGGGUGCUUAUCUAUGUAAUUAAAAAAUAUGGUGCCUCUAUUGGGGAAUUUGCUGAUAAACUCAAUGAGCAAAAAAUUGCCGAACUGGAAGAAGUGAAACAGGCUACUAUCAAACAAAUCCAAGAUGCAAUUGAUGUGGAGAAGUCACAGCAGGCACUGGUUCAAAAGCGCCAUUACCUUUUUGAUGUCCAGAGGAAUAACAUUGCCAUGGCCUUGGAAGUUAGUUACCGGGAACGGCUGCAUAGAGUAUACAAGGAGGUGAAGAAUCGCCUGGACUAUCACAUCUCUGUGCAGAAUAUGAUGCGUCAAAAGGAACAAGAGCACAUGAUAAACUGGGUGGAGAAGAACGUGGUACAGAGCAUCUCUGCGCAGCAGGAGAAGGAGACAAUUGCCAAGUGCAUUGCAGAUCUAAAGCUGCUCGCAAAGAAGGCUCAAGCGCAGCCAGCUCUGUAAAUGCAUCUGUCCCAAUUGAGACAGCUAGAAACAGUUGACUGACUAAAUGGAAACUAGUCUUUGUGACAAAAUCUUUCUGUAUUGCUCUCUACUGAAGUUAGUUUCCCUUUCCUAAAAAUGAAAAGUUUGAGUUUCAUAUAAUGAGAGAAUUAAAACAAUCUAUUGGCCAGUAAGGUGUUUCUCUCAUCCUUCUUGCUCUGCAUUUUGAGUUGUUCCAUGAUCACUUUUGAAUAAGCAGUUUGCUUUGAAUAAAAUUUGGUACCUGACUAAAAAUUGUCAAGUUAUAGUUUAAAUU